CAAUCAACAACUUGAUCAACAACAGCUGCGGGUGUCCGUGAACGUGUCAUCGAUAUCACUUUAUUGGCUGCAGGUGUGUUUGCGUGUUGGCGGCAGCUCGGACAUUUGUGUUGUGUCAUGUAGAGCCGCCGCCGCUCUUCCUGCUUCACCGCCGCCGCUCGUCCCGCUCCGGCCUCCGGGUUGAUAACUCGUCGGUCCGAUGGGGAAGAGGAAAGACAUGAUCCACCCCCGGUUCCUCGGCGAAGGCAGCUCCAGCCUUCACAGCGUCCACAAGCGGAAACACAAAAAACACAAGAAGCACAAGAGGAAGCACCACAGCUUCACUGAGGCCCCGGAGCCCGAGCCUGUCAUCGUCCCUCGGCCUCCACCACAGCUGCGACUCAAGAUCAAACUGGGAGGACAGACGCUGGGGACCAAGAGUGUUCCCACCUUCACUGUGCAUCCCGGUGUCGCACGUCCUCCCUCGCCACUGAUGAUCAUUGACAACAAUGUUGAUGAUUCUGAUGAAGAUGACGACAACAGCGACGAUGAUGAGGACGACGACGACACGCCCUCUGUGCCUCUGGAGCAAUAUCGAGCCUGGCUGGAUGAAGACAGUAACCUGGCCACAUCUCCUCUGCCAGACAUGGAUUCAGACUCCAUGCUGGGUGCGCCUGUGGACGAGGAGGAGAGGUGGCUGGACGCUCUGGAGAAGGGAGAGCUCGACGACAACGGAGAGCUGAAGAAAGAGAUCGAUGAGUCUCUGCUCACAGCCAGACAGAAAGCCCUGUUGCACAAGCAGCAGAGCCAGCCUCUCCUGGAGCUCCCCAUGGGCUACAAGGAGAAGGAGAUGACCGCGGAGAUGAUGCAGAAGCGGGAGGAACGAGCUCGAAAGAGGCGCCUGCAGGCCGCCAAAAAAGCCGAAGAGAGCAAGAACCAGACGAUAGAGAGACUGACAAAAACCAGCAAGGCCAAGAUCAAAAGCAUGAAGGAGAAGAAGUCCAAGCUGAGCCAAUGCCCCAUGGUUCGCUACAGAGACUCCGCCCAGGGCUUGGCUGUCUCCUUCCCCACAGGGGUCACUGCUCCGGCGCCGGCACCUCCCCUUCCUUCACCUCCGGCCCCUUCGAGCUGCGGAGUUAGCGGCUGCACCAACCUGAAGAAAUACUCGUGCUCCAAGACCGGGGUUCCUCUCUGCAGCCUUGAGUGUUACAAGAGGAACCUGCUGCUCGUUCAGAGCGCCGCUUGAACGCUAACGAAACAAGACUCUUCUGAAAUGACCUUCGAUGGGAUGAAUGAAAACACUCAUCCUGGAAAAAUAGAUUGAAAAUGUAUAAUUUGAACUUUACACUUGAAACAUAAAUCUUUCCAGGACUCAAUCUGUAUGAAAUGUGGAUUUACUUUUUUAUCUAAUUUACUUUUUGUUUGUAGAUGUGCUGUAUAAAUAAUAUCUUCCAGUCACACA